AGUACCAGACAUGCAGUCAGCAGGCACUCCGAAGAGAUGGGCGGCUCUUUGCUUCCUGGCACUCUGGCUGACAAAUUCUUAUGGUCAGAAGACCCUGACUCAGCCUGCUGUUAUUAAUGUGAGUCUUGGUGAAACUGCCACGCUGGGCUGCAACAUUGUGAAAGAAGAGAACUACGCUGUCGCAUGGAUGAAGCAGGUCCCGGGCAGUCCUCCCCAGCAUAUUUUAUAUAUCCACCACACUUAUAGCGCUCCUAAAGGAUAUGGCACUGGGUUCUCCUCUAGUCGUUUCACAUCAGAAGCCAAAAGCAAUAAAAUCGAUUACCAGUUAAUAAUCAGAAAUGUGGAGGCAUCAGACAGUGCUGUGUAUUACUGUUAUAACUGGGAUGGCUCUGUCAGCGCUGGGCUUGCUCUCUCAGUACUGGACAUGCAGUCAGCAGGCACUCUGAAGGGGUGGGUGGCUCUUUGCUACCUGUCACUCUGGCUGACAUAUUCUAAUGGUCAGAAGAUAUUGACCCAGCCUCCUGUUAUAUCAGUGACUCUUGGUGAAACUGCCACACUGGACUGCAAUGUUCAGAAAGAUGAAGACACUGCCCUUAGAUGGAUGAAGCAGGUGCCAGGCAGUCCUCCCCAGCAUAUUUUACGUUUCUAUCAUUCUUACAGUGCUCCUAAAGAUUAUGGUACUGGGUUCUCUUCUAGCCGGUUCACAUCAAAAGCCAAAAGUAAUAAAAUCGAUUACCAGUUAAUAAUCAGUAACGUGGAGGCAUCAGACAGCGCUGUUUAUUACUGUUACAACUGGGACGGCUCUGUCAACGCUAUAGUAUUUGGCAAAGGCACCAAACUCAUCAUUUCAGAUGCCAACCUGCUGCCACCAUCAGUCACCAUCAUCCCUCAGGUACCUGAAAAUCUUGCAGACAGUGAUACAGUAACCUUAGUCUGUAUAGCCAAUAAGCUGUCAGUCUCCCUCGCUGACAUCAAGUGGACAUCAGAUGGCGCAGAAGUGACCAGCAACGUGUAAACCAGUGACCCUGUGCAAGACCCGGACAAGACCUACAGCAUUAGCAGCUACCUGAGCCUCACAGGCAGAGAGUGGAAGGCAGACAAAGUGUACGUCUGCACGGCGUCACAGGGCACGUUGAGCUCCACGGCGUCCCAGCAGGUCCAGUAUUCCAAGUGCAGUAAAUAGCUCUGUCUGGACAUCUGAGGCCAACCAGAUUAAACAAAAAAGCGUCUCACUGUUUGAAAUGAUUUCUUAUCAAUAGUUUUAGUAGGCCUGAAGUAUCAUGUAUGUAGUGUUAAUGCUGCAAAUUCAGUGAUGUAUUGAAACAUUUAAAAACUGUCCAGUGAUUAAAGUAAAUUAUUCAACUGUCUGUUUGUAGCAAUAGUGAAAUAAUUAAAGCAAAUGC